AUGGCAGUUAGAAGAAGAAACGUGCUUAUUCUCAUAAGCACUUUUUCAACUAAUUUCUCCACCAUUUCUCAUCAUCACACUUCUCAUUACAGAAAACAAAUUUCACUCGCUAAUCUCUUCCAAUCCUUCGGUUUUCCCUCUUCCAACCUUCACCAUUUCCUCUCCCACACCCACUUCCUUUUCAACUCCGAUCUAUCACACCUUCGCAAAUCACUCUCCACUCUCUUUUCCUUCAAAAUUCCACAGAAAACCCUAAUUUCCCUCGUUCACGAUUGCCCUUCUGUCUUAGAACCCCAAUUUCUACAUCAUUGGGAAUUAGCUUUUCCUCAAUUAAAAUCCAAGGAUUUCAAUCCUUCCCCGUUGAUGAUCGCGAACUUGUUGCGAUGUUCUAGAAAGUUCCAGUUAAACCCCCUUGAACUCUCCCAAAAAGUUGAGAUUUUUAAGGGGUUAGGGUUUUCCGACGAUGUUACGGCUAGGGUUUUGGAAGAAUUUCCCAGCGCGGUUGUAAUGACUGAGAAUAAAAUUGUUGGCGUAAUUGAUUUUCUUGUGGAGUUCGGUGUUCCAAGAGAUGAAAUCGAUAGGGUUGUUCGAUUGUAUCCUAGGGUUUUGGGAUUCGGAAUUGAAGAUAAGUUGAAGCCGCUGAUUCAUGAGCUGAGGGGAUUAGGAUUUUCUCGCCGUGAGAUUAAGACGGAGGUUCUUAGGGAUCCGGGUAUUCUGGGAAUGGAGAUUGGGGAAUUUUCGCGGUGUUUGAAGCUUUUGCAGAGUUUGAAAUGCAGGCAGGUAAUUAAAGAGAGUAUUUUUGGAGAUGGUUUGGUUAGAGCUUGUUUUGAAGUGAAACUGAGAGUGGAUUGUUUGUGUGAUCACGGUUUGAUUCGUAGGGAUGCGUUGAAGGUAUUGUGGAAGGAACCGAGGUUGAUGACUUACGAGUUGGAGGAUAUUGAGAAGAAGAUUGAGUUUUUGGUUCAAAGGAUGAAGUAUAGUGUUGAUUGUUUGCAUGAAGUUCCUGAAUAUUUGGGUGUGAAUUUUGAGAAACAGAUUGUUCCUAGAUACAAUGUGAUUGAGUAUUUGAAAGGAAAAGGUGCAAUUGGGUUUGAAAUUGGAUUGAAGGAUAUUAUCAAACCAACUAGGGUUAGGUUUUAUAAUCUUUAUGUUAAGCCUUAUCCAGAAUGUGAAAAAAUAUAUGGCAGAUUUUCGGGUAAGGUUGAAGUUAAACGAAAGCAUCCGGAUGGACUUUGGAAGCUGUUCAAACCACAGAAGUUCACUCAAACCAGUAAAGAUGUGAAGAACAUGAAGGCUUUCAUGGAUUCCUCACUGGUGUAG